AUGGGCUUCCGGAAGUUCUUUCCCUUCCUGGCUCUCGGCAUCUUGGUCUUAUGCCAAACUGGCAACCUCCAGGCAGCGCAUUUCAGAUCUGUUUUAGAGAGUGGCCCAGACCUGUCUACCCUCAAUGAGGAGGACGCACGCCUCCUACUGGCUGAACUGGUGCAGAACUAUGUGCAGAUGAAGGCCAGGGAGCUGGAGCAGGAGCAGAAACUAGAACAGGAAGCAGAAGACUCCAGCAUCACUGCCCAGAAGAGAGCCUGUAACACUGCCACCUGUGUGACCCACCGACUGGCAGGCUUGCUGAGCAGAUCUGGGGGUGUGGUGAAGGACAACUUCGUGCCCACCAAUGUAGGCUCCAAAGCCUUUGGCCGCCGCCGCAGGGACCUUCAGGCCUGA